GUUCAUCUUUUUUUUUGACAUUAUAAGAAACGACAUUUCAGUUGAAUAAUAACAAUUAGUUUUAUACGAUGGCUGAUCGUAAAAAUGGCAUGGUUCAAGCGUAUGGUUACCCUGCUACUUCAGGUACCAUAGUUUCAAGAGCUGUUGCAGCAGCAGCAGCCAAUAGUCAUCAUUCAGGAAGAGGUAAAACAGGUCGAAAUUCAAAACGGUAUUCCGUCUCUGCCUUUUACUCCAUGGCUGCAGAGCAAGACAAUGAAGUGGAAGAUGAACUGGCUCAAGCACAAAGAAGCCUUAGAGACUUGAAAUCAAAAAUUUCGGGUCAGUCCAAAAAGAAUUUUGUACUGGAGAGAGACGUGCGUUAUCUGGAUUCUCGUAUUGCUCUGUUGAUUCAAAAUAGAAUUGCACUGGAUGAACAACAUGAAAUGGCUUCACAUUUAGAAGAACAUGGGUUAGGCGAUAGUGAUUCUUUCCCUGAUGACCGUAAAAUGCAACAAUACGGAAACUUUUUCUUUAUUCUUCAGAGUGAACCUCGACAUAUCGCUAGUUUAUGUCGAUUAGUGAGUUUAGCAGAGAUUGAUACUCUCCUUCAGACUGUCAUGUUUACCUUGUACGGAAAUCAAUACGAGAGUCGAGAAGAACAUUUACUACUCACCAUGUUUCAAAAUGUUCUGGCAGCACAGUUUGAAACAUCGACUGAAUUUGGCUCAUUGUUACGUGCUAAUACACCUGUAUCUCGUAUGAUGACCACUUAUACCAGAAGAGGACCUGGACAAUCCUAUCUUAAAUCCAUCCUCUCCAACAAGAUUAAAGAGCUUGUCACUGACGCCAAUCUCAAUCUCGAAAUCAAUCCACUCAAAGUAUAUGAGCAGAUGGUCGUACAAAUUGAGACCGAAAAAGGCUAUUUACCCACAGAUUUACCCAGAAGUGUCACACCAGAAGUCGCCGCUAGUAAUCCCAAUGUUCAGAGUAUUAUCCAGCCCAGACUUGAAAAACUCAUAGAGAUUGCUGAAGCCUUCUUGACAACCAUUAUUUCAUCUACUGCUUCUGUGCCAUAUGGUAUUCGUUGGAUAUGUAAACAAAUUCGCUCACUUACAAAACGAAAGAGUCCGGAUGCUUCAGAGUAUUCGGUCUGUUCCAUGAUUGGUGGUUUCUUCUUUUUACGGUUCAUUAAUCCUGCUAUUGUAACUCCCAGAGCUUACAUGUUGCUAGAAACUGCUCCUGGUAAUGCACCUAGAAGAACUCUUACUCUGAUUGCGAAAAUGCUGCAGAAUCUAGCCAACAGACCCUCUUACGCUAAAGAGUCUUACAUGUUACCCACUAACCCAUUCGUCGAAAAAAACAAGACACGUAUCAACAAAUUUCUCAACGAACUAUGUGAAGUUAGUGAUUUUUAUGAGACGUUGGAAAUGGAUCAAUACAUGGCCUUAUCGAAAAAGGACAUUGAUAUCAAUAUCACCUUGAAUGAAAUGUAUAAUACCCAUACCUUGGUGCAUCGUCAUCUGGAUACCAUCGCACCCAAAGAAAAGGACCAUUUACGUAUCCUUGUUAAUGAUUUAGCUCCUACACCUACACAAGUCUCCAGAAAAGAAAACAAAACCAUAGACCUACCCCUUUUCAGCCGAUGGGAAAUACCUAUUCAAGAUCUCACAACGGCAUUAAUGUCAGAAAAUAACAUUACACAAAACGACAUUUUGUAUAUGGAAACCAAGGCAAUUUACGUACAACUGAUUCGAUCAUUACCUCAUCUUUCGACUGUGCCACUGGAUUUGGAUUAUAUUGCGGAGACAGCUGCUACGACUAAAGAUGCGCAAUUGGUACGAAAAGGAAUUAAAGUAAAGGACAUGUUGAGAGAAUUGGAAGACGCAGGCGUCAUUGAUCAUCGUGACCAUUACAAAUUACUGGUAGAAGAAAUCACGCAAGAGUUGGCACAUUUGGGUAACCUGAAAGAAAAAGUUGUACAGGAAUCAGAUUCAUUAGAAGGCGUGUAUGAAACUAUCUUGGAUCAUAAUAACUACUUGCGAAGUCAGUUGGAAAGUUAUAAGGCCUACUUACAAAAUGUACGUAUUCAGAGUGGUGGCGAAAAGACCACCAAGAAUUCGGUCGGCAUUGGAGUAGAAAUUGAAGGUGGAAAGCCACGUAAACCUGCCAAGGGUCCACCUAAGGGCCCCUUUAAAUUCUCUCAUAAUCAUCUCGAAAAGGACGGUGUCAUUACGGAAAGUACUGUACCUGAAAACAGAAGACCUAAUAUCUUUUUUUCAAUUACUUCACCACUUCCCGGAACAUUUAUCAUUGCCAUGCAUUUCAAGGGUAGAGAAAAACCCAUUUUGGAAAUGGAUUUGAAGCUUGAUGAUUUACUAGAAAAGCAACAAGAUAAUGUGGAAUUGCUCGAUCUUGAAUACGUCCGUCUUAAUGUCACCAAAACACUUAGUCUUUUAAACAAAACUUUUGUCACCAGAAACAAGUAGUUCUCUUUUUUACCCACUCCUUUCUUUCUUUAGCCCUAUUUAUAUAUCUAUCAUUUAUUACUGCUAUUAUUUUAAUUUCCUUCAUAAAACAAGGGUCUCCCUUUCUCUCUUUUUGUCCUGCUCUAAAAAAGAAACGAUGCAUAGGGAUCGACACCCCUCAAACACGUGUCCGGAUCAUUAAGCUUGAUGUAUUAUGUAGCUUCUUUAAAGAAGAUCAUCUAGCAAGCCGUGUGGUGCAUAAACAUGCCCAUUUUGGUGAAUCUUCCCAGCAUAUCAUCAUUCUUAUUUAAACAUCAGCGCUUUUUGGAGGUGUCACAGAAAAAUUUGGGCUGGGCUCAAAGGAAAAUCGAUGAAAUCAUUUCCACUGC